AAUUCGGCCUCGGAGAAUCUGUUAUCUCUGUCAAGAACUCUAUAACCGGUUGCAAAGAGAAUUUUCUUGGAGAGCUGGAGAAAAUGUGAGAAAGAUUUGUUUGGCGAAUCGGAAAUUAAUUAGCAUAUCUUGUUUCAUCUGAGAAAGCUCAAGAAAAUGCCUAGAAACGGCGAGGAAGGGAACGUUCCUGUAGCUUCGUCAAGCACCCGGGUCAGAGCCAGACCGGACCCUUUCUUGGUAGCGUGUAGAUGCUUCAGCUUAUUGACCGGUUUGGCUGCGAUCCUUUGUAUCGCUGUCAAUAUCCUCUCUGCUGUGCGCUCCUUCCAGAACAGAUCUGAUGUUUUUGAUGGCAUAUUCCGUUGUUACGCUGUGUUGAUAGCUUUUAUUGUGGUUCUGGCCGAAACGGAAUGGAGUUUCAUAACCAAGUUCUGGCAGGUUUUGGGAUACUGGGUUGGCAGGGGUAUGCUGCAGAUUUUUGUUGCAGUAAUGACAAGGGCUUUCCCUGACUAUCUUGGGGAGAUGAAGGAUCUUGUUCUUCUUCAGAAUAUAUCAUGCUAUCUGCUUCUUGCUUGUGGUGUGGUUUAUGUUGUCUCGGGAAUACUAUGCAUUGGUUUUCUGAAGCGUACUCGCCAGCAGCAGGAAAUCACCAGAGAGCAAGCAAUCAAGGAUCUUGAGGAGUUGCGAAGGCGCAAAGAGGAGCUUGAACAACUGCUUCUCCCUGAAAGUGUUUGAAACUUUGUAAAGGAAUUGUGACUGACUAACUCAUUACUUAGUGUAAAGGUACAGCCACUGGAAAAAGCCUGAAUUUUGGUCGCUGUUUUGCUGUUUUAUACAAGGUUGUUUGCUCAUUCUUUGUACCUAUUGAAGUUUUUUCCUGUAAAUUUGGUGAAUUGAAUUACUUCAGUAGGCAAAUGCCUGAGUCUUGAUUGCUGUGUCAUACAAUGUGGUUGUCCAGUCUUUGUAAAGUGUGAAUUUUGUUCUGUAAGUCAGGCACUUGAUAGUGAAUAGGUAAAAGUAACAGCCACGAUUCUGAUU